UAGUGCUUCAUAGUAUAUGUGACAUAAUCAUUGGAUGUAGGUCUUAGAGUAAUUGAAAUUAGUCUAAAUAUUUACUCGGUUCGUUUGGCAAGGACUUUAUUUGCAGUUUUUUGUUAUUAUUCUAUCAGAAUGCAGAAAAACAUGUUAGCAUACCUUCUCCUAUCACUGUCCAUCACGACAGUUGCCAGCAAGAUGACAGGCUUCAUAGUGGGAGGGCAUGAGGCCAACAUGCGGGAGUGGCCCUUCAUUGCCUACCUGCUGGCACAUAAGGGGCGUGACUCGAUAGCGGCGUGCGGCGGGUCGCUUAUAAGCUCCCAGACCAUUUUGACGGCAGCGCAUUGUCUUGACGAUGUCACCAACAGCAAGAAGGAUGUCGGGAAAAUCAAGUACGUCAUCUACAUGGGCCACCGUCUCCACCGACGUGCGACCAUGCGUCGAGACAUGCUAGAUUACAUGACCCACGAAAAUUACGAUCCUGACGACGUUUAUUUCGACAUAGGGAUUAUGUUCCUUGCGAAUCCGGUGCAGUUCUCUCACACUGUUAAGAAGGUGAUGCUGAUGACUGGGGAGAUGGGACGGCAUAUGGGGCAAGAAGGGGGGUUGGCGGUGGCUGGCUGGGGCAGAUUUGGGUGGGAUUCCCCUGGCAGUGAGUUCCUGAAAAGCCUGGACCAGACGCUUCUCAGCCAAGACUUAUGCUACCAGUACAUAGACGAGACAGAGAAUGCGCCGGGAAUAAUUUGCGGUGCCAAGAAUGCGGAGGUCAACUCAACGGAGUACGCUUUUAGUGGUGACUCUGGUGGUCCGCUGGCGCGGCCACGAGACCAGCGGCUAGCGGGGCUGGUGUCCUGGCGGAUGGAGUCCCACGGGGUCACCGUGUACACCAGCGUACCCUUUUUUUACUCCUGGAUAGAGGACACGCAGUUAAAAUUGUUUAGGCGGUACUGUGGUAAGAGCGGAUAGGAGGGUUAAUGCAGCACUUUUGCCGGAUCUGGACACACCUUUAUAUUAAUAAAAUAAUAUGUAUAUCAGUUACAUUGCCGAUUCAAGCACUGUAUAAUAUUAAUCAUUACACAGUAAAAUUAGUUGCUUACAUUGAGUUAUUAUUAUUACUAUAGAGAAGCUGAAAUUGUCGCAAUCGCAACCUAUAACCAUGCGACCAAAACGUCGUAAGCGCCAUGAAAUUCAUGGCGCUUACGCGUUUAGGUCGCGAGUUUCACGCUCCGCUUCCAUAGUUUGUUGUCGGCCGUUAUAGUAUUAUUUUAUAUAUUAACUAUUUAGACAUACUUAAGUUAAUAUUGACAUUUUACAUUAUUGUUAUUCUUGCAAACAUAUUAUUAUUGCGAUAUACGAAAACGUUUAUUUUAAAUAA